UCCCACCCGCCCAGAGUUCGGUAGCGUCGGCUUGUUCGUCGCCUCGAUGCUGAUUCUUCAUGGCCGCUCCUGCUCCACUAUCCUCUCCUUCUGUUGUGUCCAUCUUCGUCUCAGUCUCCGCGACCGCCGCCAGCUCGUGCUGUCCCGCCAUAUCCGCUCCACGAAGCCUGGCGACAAGUACUCGCGGAGAAACUCAGAGACGUGCCUUAAGCCACAGACCGCAUUGUCAUCGGACGGCGACGUCGGGCCCGAGGACGCCUUGGAGCUCGCUGCGACUUCUUCGACGAGCACCGCCCAUGCUAUGCCGCUCAAUGCCUGGUCCAUCGCAACGCGUAGGAGCUCUUCAUCUAUUAGGACGUCGUGCUGGAUUGCGGACGCGUGAUGAGCUAAGAUCUGGCUAUCGAAAUAUAUCGUACUCGCCUCUUCAGCUUCAAGCACGGCGUCGGACUUUGGGUUCACUGUCCUGGAGCCAGUGGCACCUUCAUGCAGGCUUCGAGGCCAAGUGACCUCUCCAUCGGUGUAGGCGGAUGCGAAGCCGUCCUGAG